AUGGCCGGUGGUGCUGCAAAAUACCGCCACUUGGGUCGCAAGUCCUCGCAUCGACAGGCUUUGCUUCGUAACCUGGUCACCUCACUCUUUGAAAAUGAAUCGAUCACAACAACAUGGGCCAAGGCCAAAGAGGCCCAACGCCUGGCCGACAAAUUGAUCACCUUGGGCAAGAAGAACACCGAGGCCAGCCGACGACGGGCUCUCGAGAUUUUCUAUGUACGUGACCUCAAACCCCAUGCCAUUCUCCCCAAGCUUUUCGGUCCCCUCCGUGAGCGCUAUGCUGAACGCCCUGGUGGCUACACCCGUGUUCUCCGCACCGAACCGAAAGAGAAAUUUGAAUACUAUACAAAGGGAAAGGAUGACAAGAAUGCAGUCUCAGAACGCAAGCCGCAAGACCAAGCCCCCAGUGCCAUCCUGGAACUUGUCGAUGGACCCAAGGACAUACGCUUUGCAAUUACAGCGCGCGCAGUCGCUCGUCGCCGUAAGCUCGGUGUCACAGAGGAAAAUGAGAUCACAAAACUCAAUGUACGCAAAGUCACCCGGUUCCGAAAGGGAGGAGUCGAGGCUCUUGAGGCAGCUAUUCGCCAAUUGAACCUUGAAGAGGCGAAGGAGAAGUCUACUGGUGAGGUGGAACUGCAAAAAGUAGAUGAAACUAAUAAAAACGAGAAAACCGAGGGGGCUCUGCGACGAUUUGAUUAA